GGAAAACCAGAUGAUGAGAUUGUGAUUGAGUCACCUGCUGCUCAGACUCAAGUUUUGCAAAAAGAAACACUGGAAAUGAAUGAGACACCUUCUUCUCCAAUAUCUCCAAAGAGUAUUGAGGCUCAAGUUUUUACUCCAAUUCAGAAACAGCAGACGGUAACAGAGGAAACGUAUGAGGCUACACAGCCAUUGACUGAGAUCAUUUCAGCAAACAAUAAAAAGGUAAGCAUAGAAAUGUCUUUCAUAAGUACAACUUGAAUUUUAAAUUGUAGAAACUUCUUCAUAACUACCUCUUUUAUUUUACUGUUAUUACAGGAGGAUACGCAUGCUGUGCAUCACACACCUUCCUCUCCAUUGUCUUCACUAAUUGCACUAGUUAUUGAAGAAAAUAAGAAUGCUUUGGUAAGAAGAAAUAUUUAAAAUGUUUAUGUAAUAUUUUUCUAUUCAACUAACUCUUACCAUUUACUUUUGUCUUAUAGAGUGAGACAGAAACUGCGACCCAAUAUUUUUCUACAAGUGAAGGAGAGCAUACACAAUCAAGCAGAAAGAAUCAAGCAGAAGAAUAUCUCAAGGAUACUACAGAACCUACUACUGAGCUAGUUUCCACAGAUGUUUCGAAGACACAGCCUCUUACUCCGCAAACACAGCACCUUCAGACAAGUGAGGGAGAUCAAUCCGAUGAGACACCAUCAGAGCAGAAUCAAGCAGAAGAAAAUCUCAAGGAUACUACAGAACCUACUACUGAGCUAGUUUCCACAUAUGUUUCGAAGAUGCCGCCUAUUACUCAGCAAACAGAGCAUCUUCAGACAAGUGCUAUAGAUUUUUCAGAAACAAACGAGGUAUGCAUCGAGUAUAUUUGAUCUUUAAUUAUUAUUCUAACAAUUUAAAACCGCUGAUGUUACUGAAUCUUCAUUUUUAAUAGGUUGAAGUAAGCAGGCGUAUAGCUCACUUUCAAAUAGGCGCAGAGGUUGAGAUUUUGUCUACUGAUGACGAAAUAUGGUAUCCAGGAAAGGUUGUUGAUCUUAAACUGUGUGAAGGACUAGAGGAGCUGACAGUUGAGUACACGACACUCUUCACAUACCAACAUAAUAGACUUCAGAAACUUCAGGAUACUAUCACGGCUGACAAAAUACGUCCUGCAACACCAACUAGUGACCAAAAAUCCUUUGAGAUGAUGGAUAAGGUAGAAGCCUUUUACAACAAUGGCUGGAGCAGCGGACAAAUUAGCAUGGUACUUGGUGAUAACACAUACUCGGUGUGUCUCUAUACUUCUAUGGAAACUAUUCUAUUCAAACAUUCAGAUUUGCGAAUUCAUAGAGAAUGGAAAGAUGGAGUCUGGAAGAUGGCAGAUAAGGUGAAGCCUGAUAAGAAAAGGAAAGCUGCUGCCUCAUCACAAAAUUCAGGAAUGGAUAAUGUUUUCCUAAGAAGGAGCGAGAGGGUGACUAAACGAUCUAGAGACACAAAAACUCCAUUCAAGUCUGACAGAAAUCCGGCUUUAACUGUAAUACCUGAGAUUAUACCUGCAGUUGAUCCGUUUUCAACUCCUGCGGAACAUAAGCUUUCAAGGCUUCAAAAUUGGAUGACAUUAAAGCCCGGCAUGCAUGAAACGUCCCUAUCAAUCAAUGAUAAUAAGAUAAGGAAAUCUUUCUUUCAAAGCAUGGAAAAUGCAAAAAAGGACCUUAAGAAAGAGCACAUUGAUGGAGCCUUUGCAAUGCUAAAUUGCAGAAGAAAUGAGAAUGCUGCUUGGUUCCACAACUACAAGAUUCCAAAGGCGUGCUUCCUACCUAUGGAGUUCUUGCAUUGCUUGCUCUCUGAUGAUUUGGCUUACAAGAAAGAAAAGGUCAAAGGUAAAAAGAUUUUCAACGAUAUAUUUAAAGAUACUGUGAGAGGGAAGGUAUAUCCAGAGAAGACAUGGGGAGAAGAUGUUGAUGUUGUGUAUGGGAUUACUCUUGGAAAAAAAAGCAAUGUCUGGAUUGGGAUGGAAAUUCAUUUGAAGAAGAAAAGAAUCACAGUAUAUGAUUGUUUUCAAAAGGAAAGCAACAGCAUUGAUAUUCCUCAAGUGAAAAAGUUGGCAGGUAUGUAUAAACAAUUUGUAUUUGAUGUAUUCAACUGUUUCUUGGUUUGAAAUAUUCAACUGAUUCUAUCUUGAUAUUGAUUUUUAAAUAUGACAGUGUUGAUUACUAAUCUGCUGGUGGAAUCUUCUGGUGAUGAGGUAGAUAAAGUGAAGAUGAUUCCAUUUGAGAUUGAGCAGGCACAAGGUUUACCCAAGACAAAACAUCCUUUCAACUGUGGGAUAUUUCUUGUCAAGAUUCUGGAGUGCCAGUCAUUGAAGAUAGGAGACAUGACAAAGAUUAAUGAUGACAAUGCAUUGGAGCUAAGGAGAACCUUGUCUUGUGAGAUCUUCAACCAAUUUGUGGAUGAGAGCUUUGGGAAAUGAGAAUGAUGCAUGAAAACAUUUUUUGUUUUAGUUAAGACUCGGUUUUAGUUAUGACUGUUUAUUUUGUUAUGUUGUUGGCGUCUGGUUACAUAAGAAAGAUUGGAAGGAUAUCAAGUA